AUGAAGCAAUUCAAAAUUACUGUUUCACUACCACUGCUAUUAAUUCUAUCACUUGUGGUGCAGAUAAUUGCCGGAAAAGGUGAUCCAUUGUUGGCAAAAACAACAGGUAAAGAUUUUUCGGCUCAUGAUGCAACCGAUGAAGAAUAUUAUGAAGAUGUUGAAGAGGAAGCCUAUAAAUUACGGGUAAUACGGGCUUCAAAAGGAAUUCUAUUUGAUCAAGGGUAA